AUGGUGGUACUGGGGGAACCUCUGACCUGUCUGAACCUGUAUGAGGAGAUAUCGGAUGUACGCUUGCACAGUGAAAGUCACACCAGUGUCGAAUUUGAGAAAAAAUUAGAUUGCCCACUAGGAGUCACGCAAGAUUUGAUGAAGUAUUUGGAUGAUCGAAUUCUCACUCGUAUUCUGGUAGCGGACGCUGGUGUUGCCUUUCCCGAUACGUUGGCGUUCGUGUUCAGAUCACGAAUGCCUUAUUACUCGGAGAGAAAUAAUAUUUCCGUUGUCACUGUUGACGAUAAAGAAGACGGAAAAGAGGCAACGAAGAAGGAGUUGGAUGUUUUUAUUAGUUCUUUGUCUACAAAAGAGAUUAAAGCGGUAGUUGUCAAGGCAGGUGAGCCUGCGUCACGAAGUGUUACCUACCAUUCUGCCAAAGACGUAGAGAACAUCUACAGCGCCGUAUGUCAAGGUCUGGCUGUUCUGGAAGAUGGGGAGAGUAUCAUAGUGGAGGCAUUUUGUGAGACUCUUAAACCACUACCUGUCCCUCAUCUUGACUAUGAGGAACAGGCAGUCGGCAUCAAGUCAAAGGCAUUGUCCUGCACAAUACGAGCUGUCGUCUGCUGCACUCCUGAUGGGAAUCAGCUGGUUUCAGACAUUGUCUGCGGCAUUGGUCACGCGGACAGAACGCUCCAUUGCAACAAUACUUUACCAUUGUCUCUGGAAAGCUUUCUGAUUCAGUGGGGGUUACAGAAUAAAUCCAAAAUUGAAAAGAUACGUUCAAUGAUUAAAGAAAAAGCGGAGGAUAUAUUGGGAAAUUGGAUGAAGCACGAGAACUGUCUCAACAAAGAACGCGGAGGAUUAUUGGCAGAAACAGGCAUUAUAGGAGUCAAUUUUGUCUUGACUCAGCAAGAAGCCGGCAGUUAUGAGGCCGUUGCUGUCAGUGUCAAUAACAGCAGGAAAAUCAUUGAAAACACACAGAUGUGCGAAUUGCAGAACCCUGCCGAGCUUGGAAGCAGCGUGCGCCCCCUGGUGGCAACCAUGGUCAACCGUAGUCAGCGAUUUCUUCUUCGAGGAAAGAAAAUCCUCCUUAUUGGUGGAGGAGAAAGGAUACGUAAAGAGUUCGUUUGGAGAGCUGCCGAGGAGUACAAUGUUAAGAUCAUUUUGAUUGACCCUGAUCCUAACCACAGUGCGGUGAAAAGGGUAUACAAGUUUAUCCAAUGUGAUAUAGAAGACCACAGCCACGAUGAUGAAAAUACCAAGAAAAUUGUCCAUCUACUGCGCACACAAGGCCUAGACGUAGACGGAUGCAUGACAGUGGACGAGAAUUACGUUCCUCUGACGGCUUUGGUGUGCGAAGCACUGCGCAUGCUUGGAAAUACCCCCGAGGCUUCAAGAAUGGCUAAGAAGAAAAGUUUGAGCCAAAAUGCUUUGUUGGCAUCGUCGACCUGCAGCUCUUUCUUGCCAAAACCUCAUCUAUAUGCAGUCAAGAUACACGAAAUUGUCCGACCUGAAGAUGUGAAGGGAUCCUCAAAUCUUAUUAGGUAUCCCGCCAUUCUGAAGCCGGAAUACGGGGCAUAUUCCUUCGGUAUCCAUCUGGUAAAAGACGAGAAAGAGUGUCUGAAAUACUUCAACAGCAUUCAGAAAACAUUACAGAACACGGAUGAAAAAGCGUUUGGCAUUGGUUACGGCAAGGAAAUGCACCUAGCAGAGUAUUCACUAGGAACAAAACAUGGGGUGGAGGUCGUCAUGUUUCGAGGAAAGAUUUUAGCGGCAUUCAUCUCUGAUUGUGGACCUACCCGCUUUCCUCUCUUUUUUGAGACUUCAUCGUGUAUGCCGUCAUGUUUACCCCUUGACAAGCAGCGGCAGAUGGUAAUGGCCACAAAGCAGUGUGUUGACGCGGUUGGUCUCACAGAUGGAGUGUAUAGUGUCGAGUUUAAAAUGGCGCCGACGGGACCGAAACUGAUCGAGAUCAACGAACGAGUAACCGGCGCCCAUUACCGGAACUGGAUACGCACCGUCUUCGAAACAGAUAUCCUUUUCCUAAAUUUCUUGAUUGCAUGUGGGAUACAACCACGCGUCUGGCCAUUGGAGCCAAGGUGUCAGCUGAUAGGGGUCAUGUGUACCACAACAGCCCACGCCAAGGCACUAUCGCGACCGGGCAUUGCCACACUGGAGAUCCUUGCUGAGGCUCAUGAAAAAGGGGAAAUAAUAUUAUUUCCAAUGGAGUCCGAGUUGAAAGAAAAUGAGCCCUAUGAGAACUUGUUAUGCCAGGUAGCUGUAAAGGGGAAAUCUGUAAAUGAGGCAAAGAAAAAUCUGUUGGCUGUUUGCAGGAAAUAUGGGAUAGACAACCAACAGUAUCCAGUGGAACGCUUUCUGUCCCCUUUCGUGGAGUUAUCUUGGCAAUGA